AUGAAUAAUAAUAGAAUUAUAAAUGUUGGUGUAUUAGGUGCAACUGGCGCUGUUGGUCAGAGAUUCAUUCAAUUGUUGGAGAAACAUCAGUGGUUUCGAGUUGUAGCUGUCGGAGCAUCAUCGAACUCCGUUGGAAAGCUCUAUAGAGAUGCUGUUCAUUGGUUGUUGCCAACAGAUAUCCCUGUGGAAAUCGGACAGUUGAAAGUUGUCGGAUGUGAUGAUCCCUCGCAUCAAGCCUUUGCGAGUUGUCAGAUUGUAUUUUCAGCACUCGAUUCCAAUGUAGCCACUGAGAUCGAAGAGAAAUUCAGAGUAGCCGGUAAAGCGGUCUUUAGUAAUUCAAAGAAUCAUAGAUACGACAGUGAUGUACCGAUUAUGGUUUGUUCGGUAAAUCCCGAACACAGCGAAGUCAUUCUCAAGCAAAAGGCAUAUCAGCAAAACAAAGGAUUCAUCAUUACCAACCCGAAUUGUUCUACCACAGGAAUAGUAGUUGCACUCAAACCAAUAGCGAAUCAAUUCGGUCUACAUGAAGUUGUAGCAUUUACAAUGCAAUCUAUAUCUGGUGCUGGAUAUCCAGGUGUACCAUCAUUAGACAUAAGUAAUAUUUUCUACUUCUUUAUAGUUGGAAAUGUUGUACCAUUUAUCGGUGAGGAAGAAGAAAAGAUUGAGAUUGAAACCAAAAAGAUUCUAGGUGGAUUGGAUUGCAAUAAUGUUAAGAGUGAAUAUUUCAGUAAUUAUCCAGUUAUGGUUAGUGCACAUACCAAUAGAGUUCCAGUUGUAGAGGGACAUACCAUUUGUUUAUCGAUAAAACUGAAGCAAUCAGCUACUAUUCAACAGGUGAAAGAUUGUCUGGAGAAUUACUAUCCAAAGGAAUUGCAAUCACUUCAAUUGCCUACUUUCAAUGGAAAUCCUAUUGUUGUGCUGGAGCAAAACAAUAGACCACAACCCAAAUUGGAUGUCAACAAAGGCAAUGGAUUGAAAGUUUCGGUAGGAAGAAUAAGAGAUGGAUCUACAUCACCUGGUGAAUCGUCAUUUGACCUCAGAAUGACAUUAUUGGUACAUAAUACAGUAUUGGGUGCUGCUGGUUCAUCAAUUCAAAAUGCUGAAUAUUGUAUUGCCAAAGGUUAUAUUCAAUAG